AUGGUCAUUGCAAAUCAAAUUAUACUUUUUUCAGCUCCACAGUUUGAUGGAGCCAAAACCAUUAAAAGGACAAGUCUAGAGAGGUCAGUGGAAGAAUACAAAGUAUCGACAAAACCAGAUUGGUUAGAAAAGAAACCGAGUGCUAAGGGUUACCAGACUUCAGUCAAACACAGGAAAGUGUUUCAUCUGGAUGAUUUAGGAAUGAGACCAGCCCUCUUCCCCUCGCCCUGCCAUCUUCUUACCUGGAAGAGGGCAGGACAUUCAGCCUCUCGCCACCCCGGGAAGGCCCAAUUCCUCCCCUCCAACUUCGCCCCCACCCUGUGGCCGUCCCUGGGCGCCGCGGCGGGCCCGGGGGCGGGGGGGGAGGCGGCGGGGUCCGCAUCCCCGGGCGCCCCCGCCACCUCCAUCCCGCCGGCUCCCCCCGCGCCGCCCCGGGAAAAGCCUCGCCUGGCCGCCGCCCCCCUCCCUCGUCCUCCUCCCACCUCCGCCGGCGAGGUGCGAGGGGCCGGCGCGGAGCCCCGCGGUGCCGGCGAGGGGCGGAAGCGGGCGGGGGCGGCGGCGGGCACAGCCCGGGUGCCGAGCAGGCCGCGCCGCGCCGACCCCGCCGGCAGCAGGGGCGGGCAGGGCCGGCCCGGUGUCCCCGGCACCUGGAGAGCGCGGCCUGCCCGUCCCUCCCUCCCUCCCGCACGUACUCACCGCCCGGUUCGCCAUUACGGAGCGGCCGCCGCUGCCCGGCAGGAGGCGGCGAUGCCCCCGCGCCUGUGA